AUGAUUAAGAUUCUCGCUGUUUUGGCCGUUUUGGGAUGUGCUUUGGCGCAAGGACAAGGACAAGAGCCGCCAUUUCUUCAAGGGAUCUCAGCCGCGUUGAAGCAGCAAUUCAUCGCAAUUCAAAACAAUGGAGCGCUCACCGAUGCACAAGCUGAGGCGCAAACUCUCGCCUGGGCAAACACUCUUCCAGCUGGACAAAAGAAAGUUUUCUUCGAUUUGGAUGCUCAAGGGAAACAAUAUGCUCAACAAGGCCGUGCUCAACAAGCCGCCGCUGUUGCUCGUCUUUCUGCAGCAGCUCAAGCUUUCGAUAAACAAAUGCAAGCGUUGGCCGACAACAAGAGUAUCCCCAGAGCUCAGAAAGCCCAACAAAUCGAAACUCUUCAGAAAUCAGCUCCUGCACCCGUUCAAAAAGAGCUUCAAGGAGUCUUUGCAACUCUCUCUCAACAACAAGGAGGAAGA